AUGGACAAAGAUUACAAACAACGUACAUCUACCAUUAAGGAUACCAAUUCGCCAACCUGGAAUGAAACAUUCAAUUUUAAUCUACUCAAAGGACAAGAUACCCUACAUCUGAAAGUUUAUGAUGAAGAUCUCGUUGGCAAAGAUUCGAUCGGUUCAGCAAAAAUUAGUUUGAAGAAAGUACAACAAGCUGGCGGACAUUUAGACGAAUGGGUGAAAUUACCAGCACAUCUUGGUCUUGGCUCGCACGGAGAAAUUCAUUUAAUUUUACGUCUUUCUUAA